AUGGUCUCGACCCCGACAUUCGGUGCAGCCUCGCCAUGGUCUCUGCCAGAAGUCGCGUCUCCACAACGUGUCAGGGAUGGCGAAAGGCAGGCAAGCUCGAGAGUCUGUGACAACUGCAUUCGGAAGAAAAUAAAGUGUGACUUGAAACGACCUUCAUGCUCUCGCUGUUUGGAGCGUGGAUAUACUUGCACAUAUUCGUCGACUCGGCGCAAACCUGGCCCGGCCCGUGGUGCCUUUCAGGGCUCCCGCCGUGGCUUAUUCCCUUCAAGGUCUUCACGCAGAUCUUUUGGCCGCCAACUCCGCUCUACACGUGUAAAUGACCCAUCUUCAUCACCACUCGUCUCCACAUCUACAGUCGCUACCUCCCCAGGGGCUUGUAGUCUGGAAGCGAUCGACACGCUCCAAGAUCGAAGGACAAGCACCGAGCCUUUCAGACAAACCGACUUUCAAGUUAAGGAAGGAGAAGAAGAACAUCUCCUGAUAAAGUACCUGGAUAUGAUUCACGAUGCUAUCCCCAUCUUCUCUAGGCAGCGGUUCUUGCCUAGUGUUAGGUCCUCUCUGUACAGCCGCGAUCUCAUCUCGACCUUGGUCCUAAUCACAGCGAAGCUAACAGGCUUCACCUUUUCCUCUGACGACAUUGAUAUCGACGCCUGCAUUGACUUGAUGCUCAGUUCAGGGUCUCUGCAGGAGGACAUGUUUGGCGAUGUUCCAUCACUUGAUCAAUUUCGCAAGGCGUGCCUGUUGGCUUUCUAUGAGUUUCAUCAGUUCCCCGGUCGCCAGGCUUGGAUGCGGAUUAGUAAAGUCAUCAGAAUGGCCUAUUGGACUGGACUAGAUCAUCUUGAGAACCUCCGGCCUUCUCUCCCCUACUGGUGUGAAAUGAGCCAACAUGAACUUGAGGAUUGGCGUUUGGUUUGGUGGUGCGUCUACCGCCUCGACUCUUAUGCCAACCUCUCGGUGGGAACACCAUAUCUGAUUGACGAGACACUUGUGAAUACCGCCCUUAUACGAGAUCAGCCCUUGGAUAGUCUUGAAGGAAGCCAGCCAGGCCGUCAGGGACAACUAUACUUACCGUCUCAGCCGGAUCGCCUAUGGGAGUUGCUUUCGGCUAUGGCAUCGGAUUCACAGCAAACGUCUUUGUUCAAUAUACACAUAAUUACCACGACUGCUACGCGCCAAGUCGGACGCGUUGCCCGAUUGAAUAUGCCGUGGCGGCAAGGGGAAACUAAUGCUUAUCUCACCGAUCUCGAACGGCGCCUUUCUGCGCUGCGUCUUGCUCUCUCAAUAAACUAUCUCAACCCUAUGCGCAAUGCGUUCACAAACGAAAGUGGCUCCGAACACCAUGCAAGACUGGUUAAUCUCUUCCAUUUAUCCAUGGCGCGACUUCUCAUCUCGCUUAUGCGCUGCGCUAGCAGAGAAGAAGGGAACGAAUGGCUAUUAAGCUGGCAACAGGUCCUUGAAACGUGCCGAGACAUCACUUCUCUGUCGGAACAAUGGAACGGUGCAUUCUCCUUAAGCGUUGAUCCAGCAAUCUCCUUUAUACUUUUUACAGCACUGAUUUUUUUAAACCUUCACAAGAGGUUCGCGGCACUGGCUGCAUCCGCCAUUUGCACCCACAUCGAGCAUCGCGAGAACGUCCUUCUGCUGCAGCUCGAGCAGUUUGCAAUCGCCUGGACACUCCCUAGGCUUCUCAUCCUUUGGAUCACUUCUCCCAAAGGCCUGGCGCUUCAGACUGCACCUGUGCAAUCAUUAAUGUGUCUCCUUGUCAUCAGCAAGAAGGCCGAGCGGAACCAGAAAGGAUUUGCAGGUUUCUUUUGGGAUGAUUUGUCUCCCACUGUUACCAGUGCAAGCGCCACCGACUCCUUUGUUGAAACCGCGAACCCUAUGGCCUUCGCGGGUUAG